AUGCGCGGGGCCUGCCCGUAUUCGUCUUCUGCCCUUCGAGCUCGAGAAGACUUAGACUGCAACGGCAAAGCUGAUGGCGAUGGCGACGGCGAUGGCGGCGGCAGAGGCAGUGCCACGGUCAGCGACCGUCAAUGUCCUUCAAGCAAUCCUCUCGAGUACUGCGUUGACACGUGGAAGUUCGAUGACGUGGCAAUUAGCUUGAAAAAGGGUCAUUCUGAUUGGAAGGGGCGUCUUCUCCACGGGCUGUUCUGGGUCGUUCCGCUGCUGCUCAUCGUGCUCGUACCGCAAUUCGCGGCGGUGACGAGCGGUCCGAGAGACCUCACGCGGUUCGUUGACUUCCCGCGAGGCGUAAGAGCAGGAGGCGAGGGGGGUGUGAUGGUGGAGAUUGAGACGGAGGCCGGAACGAUAACGGAGACGGUAACGGAGACGGAAACUGAGACGGUGACGGAACCUGCAGCGGCAGCGGUGCGGGAUGUGUCGGAAGCGGAGGGCAAAGAUGCGGAAGGGGGUGCGGGGAAGCUAGUGGGGGCUGCGGAGCUCGGUAUCGUAGCGGAAGGGAGCGGGGGGGAUGUGGCGGAAGAGGGGAAGGCGGAUGCUCCAGUGGCGGAAGAUACGGGGGUUGCGGAGAAUGAGGAUAUGGACAAGAAUGGCGAAAGGCAGAGCGAAAGGAUAAGGAAUUCGAAAGAUAAAUUGGAGAGAGAGGAAGCGGAACCACAAGGGGGACCUCGCACUGUUGUUGAAUCGGGGAGGUCCUCGUCUCGCGAAGUUGGCGAGCCGAAACAGGGUAUUGGUAACCACAACGCGGAGCGUGCGAACGACGCGAGCCGGCAAAACGAAAACGCAGCGAACCGCGCGACCUCAGAAUCCGAAACGCGGGGAGAGAGGGACACGGACCAGCUGAUUGCGGAAUUGGAGCAGAGAACUUUGGGUGACGUGGAGCCUAUUGAUUCGCCGAGAGUUCUGAAGUACCUUCAUGCGAACCCGAGCCUGUCGUGCAAGAUCGCAGAAGCGGCUUUUCUGAAUCGCACGCUUGUACUCGAUAUGGGGUUGUGCAUUAACGGAAUGCACAAUGGCGGGUCUGCGAGUGUUCACGGCCUACAUUACUACUACGAUCUACCAUCCCUCAGGGCCGCCAGAUUUACCCCCCUGAAUGGGUUCCUACAAGGCCUGAAGGAAUGGCGGCGGCAGCAGGGGCAAGGGGGAGGGGAGGCAACUGGAAGGCGGUUGAGGGGUGUAUCUGCGGGGGAGGGCGUAUCUGCGGGGGAGGGCGUAUCUGCAGGGGAGGGUGUAUCUGCAGGGGAGGGGGAAUCUGCAGGGGAGGGUGUAUCUGCAGGGGAGGGUGUAUCUGCAGGGGAGGGUGUAUCUGCAGGGGAGGGUGUGUCUGCAGGGGAGGGUGUAUCUGCAGGGGAGGGUGUGUCAGCUGAAGCUCUUUUUUCCCGUGUGGUGCAAGCAGACACACGGACUAGGGCCAUAGCGCAGGACAGCAGCACCACGCUCAUCAUUCGAGACGGCCAUUACGGCUUUGAGCCAUGCCGCGGCACGCUCUCUCACUGGCCCAACCUGCGAUUCCACUACAUCACAUCAAACGAAUCCGCCAUUCUCUUCCGCCCGGAGCUGAGGGGGCUGGCAGCCAACAUGUCACAGUCCAUGAAUGGUGGGGACUAUGAUGCUGUGAGAGUGAGGAGAGGAGACAAGCUCAACACCGACGUGUGGCCACACGUGGCGAAUGACACAAGCCCUCCCGCUCUUUUAGAGAAGCUCCCCGGGUUCGUUGCAUCUGGACGCACGCUGUACAUCGCGACGAAUGAGAAAACGCCAGGGUUCUUUGACCCGCUAAAGGCCAUCUUUUCGAUUCGGCAAUUUCAGGACUUCGACCACCUCUGGGCGCCUGGCACGCCCUGGUUCGAUGGAUACGCGCGAAUCGUGGGACCCAAUCCGAAGCUCGACCCCUAUAUGGAGGCCAUUGUGGAGUACAAGGUUCUGUUUGCCGCAAAAACUAAAGUUUUCACGUUCAACAAUCUGACAACCGAUUCAGAGGGUGGCAUAAGGCCUUCAGCCAUGAAAAGGCAUGCCACGACGACGCCAUGA